UAGUUCAAGCUUCUUCACCAAACCUCAGGAGGAUAACUUGAAACAAGAAAACGGCGUCGGUUAGACCGACGGAAGAGGAACCAUGUCGUCGUCUCUUCUUCUCUCUGGCUUUACAGUUUCUUCUCCCCUCAUCGCUCCAUCAAAGCUCUCAUCAAAGCUUUCUCUCUUACGGAAUCAAAAUCAAUCACUGUCACUACCUCGGAGAACCUUCAAAGCCCCUAGGUGCUCCUCCUCCUCCUCCUCCGCUGAUUCUCCCUACGGAGGCAACGUCCCCACGUUCCCUCGGACCAGAGUCUGGGACCCGUACAAGCGCCUAGGGAUCAGCCCCUACGCUUCCGAGGAAGAGAUCUGGGCCUCUCGCAACUUCCUCUUAGAGCAGUACGCCGACCACGAGAGGAGCCGGGAGUCUAUAGAGGGCGCCUUCGAGAAGCUUCUCAUGUCUAGUUUCGUGGCGAGGAAGAAGACUAAGAUCAACCUCAAGACGAGGUUGAAGAAGAGAGUCGAGGAGUCUCCUCCGUGGCUCAAGGCUCUUUUUGAUUUCGUCGAGAUGCCUCCGAUGGAUACUGUGUUCAGAAGGCUGUUUCUUUUUGCCUUCAUGGGUGGUUGGAGUAUCAUGAACUCAGCUGAAGGCGGUCCUGCUUUUCAGGUGGCGGUGUCUUUGGCUGCUUGCGUAUAUUUCCUGAAUGAGAAGACAAAGAGCUUGGGGAGAGCUUUCUUAAUCGGGUUUGGUGCAUUAGCGGCUGGAUGGUUCUGCGGUUCGCUAGUCAUUCCCAUGAUUCCGACUGUUUUGAUUAACCCGGCAUGGACACUGGAGCUCCUAACGUCACUGGUUGCUUAUGUGUUUUUGUUUCUUUCUUGUACUUUCCUCAAGUAGAGUUGCUUUUUUUGUUUCUUUCUUGUACCUGAUCUCGCCGGAAAAUUGAACUUAAGUUCCAUAACAUUGGCUGGCUCUGUUAAAGUGUGGAAUCAAGUUGAUGAGAAUCUUUUGCCUUCAA